UUCCGAUGGUCCCGCCACUUCAAUAGUGCAACUGGAAGGUACGCUUACGAAUGCAUGACAAGUAUUCAAUGGUGGGCGAAUAUGGAGUUGGUGAUCAAUGAUGUUGAGCCUCUGUACAUGUUUCUGAGAUUUGCUGACUCCGACAAGACACCUAAUUUGAGUGAGGUGAUAAUGGAGUAUCAAAGCAUGAGGCAGACAUAUGCCAGCAAGUUCAGCAGUGACUACCUCCGGUUUGAAAGGAUCAUGGCUGUGAUAGAUGCAAGGAUGAGCACAGUAAUGUCAGGCACCUAUAUGCCCACUGCUUGUGCUCUUAACCCUUACGUGCAGUACAGUUUGGGCACAUCACAAACAGUCAUGGCAGUAAUGCGCAAUGGUCUGGAGAAAAUGUUGAAUACUAAUUCUGCAGCAAUUGCAUUGCAGGAAUUUGAAACAUUCAGGACGAAGCAAGGUGAGUUCUCUAGUGACAUUGCUACCUACCAUAUGGAGCUCCACAGUUGCAAUAUCACCCACCUACUUACGUGUAUUUGCCACCAACAGACGAGCCGUAUGAGGGACCACCGGGAGAGAGAUAUGAGGACUGAAGAAUGCAGAGAAUAUGCUACGUGGACUUAGUAUGGACUAUGCCUUUGCCUUUGUUGUAUCUUUGGAUUGUAAUAAUUCUAAUGGACUUUGGAUGUAUUGCGUUGUAUGUGUGGACUUUGGACAUGAGUU